AUGAGACUUAUUGUAUGGAUAGGUAUAAACCCGCAAACCCUCCGGGGGUCGCAAACGGGUGUAUAUAUCGGUUACUCGACGUUCGGAAUGCCGGACGGAAUCCCAGAGGAAGUACAGCCCGACUCCCAGAACUCGAUGACAGAGACCCUGCUAUGGGUUCCGGGAAACUCGAAGUGUCUUUACGCCAACAGAAUAUCGUUUGUCUUUGACUUCAAGGGGCCCUCAAUGGUGACGGACACGGCCUGUUCAUCCAGUUUAGUGGCAUUCAAUCUGGCCAUCAAUGACUUGCGUCUCGGUAAGUGCGAUAAUGCAAUAGUAGGCGGAUCUCAGAUCAAUCUGCAGCCCUUCACAAACCAUAUCUUCCAAACCACUCGACUCAACAGUUUUGACGGCAUUCCCAAAGUAUGGGACGAAUCGGCCGAUGGGUUCGUGAGGGGAGAGACCGUCGCCUGUCUUUUCCUUCAGCGCAAAGACAAUGCAAAACGCAUUUACGCCACAGUUUUGAACAGUGGAGUCAACAUCGAUGGCAACAAAACUAUGGGAAUGUUUUUCCCCUCUUCUGAAGGACAGGAAGAGCUGAUGAUUAAGACAUACAAAGAGGCGAAUGUGGAUCCGCUUGAAGUCAACUAUUUUGAAGCCCACGCCACGGGAACUAAAGCGGGAGACCCACAGGAAGCCAAAGCUAUUUAUAACUCUUACUGCAAACUACCGAACCGUUUGGGAACUCUACCCAUCGGUCUCCUCAAGAGUAAUAUAGGACACACUGAGGGCGCCUCUGGUGUCUGUUCAGUGGCCAAAGUUAUGAUUGCUUUUGAAAAUGAAUGCAUUCCGAGGAAUCUUCAUCUCAAGAAAAUCAAGUCCACGAUCGCAGACAUGUGUCCGCCACUGGUUCCCGUCACUGAGAACUUGAAAUAUACUCCGGGUAUCGCUGGAGUGAACAACUUUGGAGUGGGAGGUGUGAACGCACACACUUUGCUUGAACCCAACUAUAAGCUGACCGAUGCGGACAGCCUUAAGAUUGCCGACACUAUCCCCAGAAUUGUCAACAUUUGCAGCCGAACUCAAGAAUCGCUGAACAAAAUGUUUGACUUCAUUGAACAAAACCCGCACAAAAUUACUCGUGAUUUUCUGGCACUGAUUGCCGAUACCAUGAAAACUAAGCCCUCAUUAAAUUCCGCUGGAUUUCCAUAUAGAGGCUCAUUGAUUAUAAAGAAAAUGAUGUCUGCAGACAACCAAUUAGAGUACAAAUAUAGCAGACAAUCGGCAUUGAAUAUGGAGAAGAAUGUGAGACCACUUUGGUUCCUAUUCCCCGGUCUGGGAGGACAGUGGGUUGGUAUGGCUAAGGCUUUGAUGCCAAUCAAGAUAUUCGCCGAUAAGAUUGAAGAAUGCCAUGAAAUACUCAAAUGCUUUGGCAUUGAUUUAAAACACCUCUUAUUAUCUGACGAUAAGAAGUCCAUGUCGUCGAUGACCAACAAAUUCUGUGCGACAACUGCUCUCGAAAUAGCACUCUUUGAUGUCAUGAAAGCACUCGACAUAAUACCCGACGGUAUUAUCGGCCACUCGUUUGGAGAGAUAGGCUGUGCUUACGCUGACGGCUGUCUCACCACAAAAGAAGCCCUUUUUAUUACAUACAUCAGGGGAGCCGUCACUGAAAAUGACAAGAAAAUACCGAAAGGACUGAUGGCUGUCGUCGCCAUGUCGUGGACUGAGGCUAAGAAAAUAUGUCCCAAAAACGUGAGCGUUGUCUGCAAUAACUCGAAGGAGACGAUUGUCUUUUCAGGUCUCUAUAAAGAAAUGAAAGAAUUGGUUGAUUCUCUCAAAAAGAAAGGUCUGUUUGUACGCGAACUCGACAGUCAAGACAUCCCAUAUCACAGCCAAUACCUGCAGUCGUCGGCUAAGAAGAUGACGGACGAGAUUAAGAAAUAUGUACCUAAUCCUCGACUUCGGUCUAAGAAGUGGAUCUCAACAGCGAUUCUGGAAUCAGAUGUGAAGGAAGAGCUGAGAUAUGCUUCGGCCGAGUAUUUCGUCCAUAACCUCAUUAGUCCCGUCUAUUUCCACAACAAAAUACAUCAAAUCCCAGACAACGCUAUUGUGGUUGAGAUCGGACCUCACGCUCUGUUCGCCAAAAUCAUAUCCCAGUCCUUGGGGUCGUCCACUUAUCUGUCAUUAAUUAAAAAGGAUUCAAAUGACACUAAUUUAGACAACUUCUUAGGAUCCAUAGCAAAGCUGUAUGAAUUAGGCCUAAACCCUUCCAUCGAGGAACUAUACCCCAAAGUCCAAUGGCCUGUUGCUAGAAGUACUCAAUCCGUCAGUUCACUGAUGCGUUGGGACCACGAGAAGAGCUAUUUUGUCCGCAAAUAUCCGGACUUUCACUUCAAAGGCACGGCCGCCGACAUGACUGAGACAAUCAAUCUCUCGCGUCAGUUCAAAGUGUUUCUCCCGGAUCACCGCAUCGACGGUAAUAUACUGUUCCCGGCGACCGGGUAUCUGAUGCUCGCGUGGAGACAUUUGGCUGCUAUGAAGGGUCGCGUCUGGAAUCAAAUACCCGUCGUCUUCGAAGACAUACAGUUCCGGCGACCGGUAUUUCUUUCCGAUACUGAUGUCACCCGACUUAAGGUGAAACUUUUUGAACAAACAGGCGACUUUCUUAUAAUGGAAAAUAACAACACCUGUUGUUUGGGUAAAAUUCAUUGUCCCGAUGAAGAGUUUCUAUGCAAUCAAGACAUUGCUCACGAGUUAAGCAACGAUAUGUCCUUUGAAAAAGAGAUAACACUUACAACUAAUGAUAUUUAUAAAGACUUGAGAGCAGUUGGUUAUGAUUACGGACCUAAAUUUAGAGGUCUUAAGCACAUUAAGACUGAUAACUUUGAUACAAUCAGAGGGAGUGUUGAAUGGGACGGAAAUUGGAUUACAUUUAUGGACACAUUAUUUCAGACGAUGGCAGUGGCCAUGCCUUUCAGACGACUUAUGGUCCCAGUUAUGGUUAAGCGUCUGAAAUGUGAUCCCAAAGUAUUAUAUGAAUCGGUAAUUCAUAACAAAGUGGUGAUCAAUGAAGAUAAGGCUUUUGACGAGGAAAAGGCUAUCAAUGAUGUGGUCAAUAGAGAGCCUAAAAGCGAAGACUUUGAUAAAGAUCUCGAAAACAUACUUGAAUUGGAUAACAAUAAAUACUUGGAAGGAGUGAUUGGCAGUCGCUUUCAUGUCUAUAAAUCCAUUCUUCCAUUUCAUGUCGAUAUGAAGUCACGAAUGAUUGUUACAAAUGGUGUAGAGAUUGAAGAUCUGAUGGCUCUUCCCAUCCCUCGUAAAACUAAUGUCCAGGACUUGAAGCUAGAAUCCUAUCAAUUCAUUGCUAAUGUAAACGAGAAUUGCAUGGAAGAGACGGAUAGAGAAUAUCUCUUUGACUACUUAAAGAAAGCACUGGAAGUCUUGGAUAUUAAAGGAAAGGUGAAUGAAAACAGUACAAAACUUUCAUCUGAAGAGAUUGAAAGUCGCUUGAAAGACAUCAAGGAUAAUGAGAUAAUGCUUAAGACAUUAGACAAACUGCUGAAGUCAUUGAACGAAGAAAAUCACAAUUUUGAUAAGAUGUCGAUCACCAAAAUGCUAACUGACCUCCAGAUGCAACCAGAGUUUGAUAUGAGUUUAGAUGUAAUAAAUGAGGUCUCGAAGAACGAGCAUUUGAUUCGCUCUCUUCUCGAUAUCGUCAGCGAGAAUAAUGUCCCCAAAAAAGAGAUCAAAGUUUUGGAAAUUAAUUUAACAAAUAGUUUGAUGGCUAAAGAAGUGGACAAUCAUUUGGCCACUUCUCAUAUCUAUCCAAUUGAUGUCAACUAUACUAUUGCUGUUAAAUCUACUGAAGGCAUAAAAGACGACUAUAAGAACAAGUCAUUCAAACUGAUUGAAUGGAAUCAUAAGACAUCUUCAUUUCCAUCAGACAUUUCACAAACAGAUCUCAUUGUUAUGAAUGACAGCACAGACUUAAGAGAUGUAGAGCUCGACCUUUAUUUACAAGAAGUUUACGACAACAUCAUAAGCAAAGGGUUUUUGUUAUCUGUCUUCAGAUACAGAAAUACAGCGCCAGAACUCGCUUUGAAUGCAAUGAAUGGACACAAGAAUCUAGAGAACCAUGAGUUAGAGAAACGUAUCUUUGAUUUCAUGACCAAAGCUAAGAAAAUUGGUUUCCAAGAGAUCGGACAAAAGUGUGAUUCAAUUGGAUCUCUUGCGGUGUUGUUCAGAAAAGUGGACUUUAAACCACUUUUGCCGCUUAAAGACAAUAUAAUUGACAUUAACAUGAAUUGCAUGAAAUGGUUGGAUUGCCUUAAGGAGAAGAUGUGUGAAAACAAAACUGAUGACAAUAUAUGGCUCAUCGCUAAUGAUUCCGCAAUCAAUGGCAUCAUUGGUCUCAUUAAUUGUCUUCGUUUAGAGCCGGGAGGGGAGAGAAUCCGCUGUAUAUUUGACUGCAAUCUCAUCAAACUUGCCGUUGAUUUCACGACAAAACCAUUGUCUGAUAUAUUAACAAAUGAUUUGGCGAUAAAUGUGUUGAGAAACGGAAAGAUCGGAACCUAUCGACACUUAACUCUAUCUAAAAAUCAUGACAAAAUCAAAACCAAUGAAUACUUCUUAAAUGUGGGUCAACACAGAGACAUAUCUAACCUUCAAUGGUAUGACUCGAAGAAUAUAAUUCCCACCAAAGAAUUCUAUGACUUAUGUAAUGAACGCAAACAUAAGAUUAGUUGUCAGGUCUAUAGCUCUGGACUUAAUUUUAGGGAUGUUAUGCUCGCCACAGGUCGCCUAAUGUCAGGUCCCGAGAGUUUGUUCACAGAUUGUGUUUUGGGGUUUGAAUUCGCGGGCCGUCGAGCGGACACUGGAGAGCGAGUCUGUGGUUUCGAUAUGAGUCGAUGUUUCGCCACAUCUAUUGAUGCCAACGAAGAUCUCAUAACCAAAAUACCAGAAAACUGGUCAAUGGAUGACGUGAUUACCAUUUUGAGUACUUAUAGCACUGUAUGGUAUGGACUCAUAGAAAGGGCACAACUUAGGAAAUACGAGAGUGUAUUAAUACAUUCGGGAGCUGGAGGUGUAGGACAGGCAGCAAUUAAAGUGUGUCAGAACUACAAUUGCGAUAUCUUUGUGACGGUUGGCACUGAAGAUAAGAAACAGUUUUUGAUGACUGAAUACAAUAUCCCAGAGAACAGAAUAUUCAGUUCAAGAGAUAUUCAGUUUAAGUACAAAAUUAAAUCACUGACUAAUGGAAAGGGAGUCGAUUUGGUGCUCAACUCACUGAGCGGUGAAAAACUUGAGGCCAGUUAUGAAUGCGUUGCGGAUUGCGGUCGAUAUCUCUUUCAUCGGAGUAUCUUUGAGGCCAGUUAUGAAUGCGUUGCGGAUUGCGGUCGGUUUGUAGAGAUCGGCAAAUAUGACCUCCAAAUGAACAAACAGUUGGGAAUGUUUUCAUUCCUCAGAGAUAUCUCUUUCAUCGGAGUAUCAGUCGAUAGGAAACUAUAUUUAACGCAAGGAUUUGCUCAGAAGUUCUUCGAUUGGAUGCACGAGAACUGUAACAACGGAAUGAUUAAACCAAUCAAUAGGACUGUCUUUAAGGCCGAGGAGGCGGAAAAGGCUUUCCGUUAUAUGACAACCGGUAAACAUAUGGGAAAAAUAGUUAUUAAGCUUAGAGAUGAAGAAAGUGAUAGAAAAGCGAUAAACAAAAUGAAUCCGGCGAUUGAAAUGAUGGCAACGACUAAAACAUACUUCAAUCCAAAUAAGGUUUAUAUAAUAACCGGCGGUUUGGGAGGCUUUGGCCUCGAGUUAGUCCAUUGGAUGAUGUUCUUAGGCGCCCGACAAUUUGUGUUGACCUCAAGAUUUGGUGUCAAAACUGAUUACCAGAAAUAUGUUUUGAGUCGAAUCGAGUCUUUGAAACAAAAAUUUAAAAUGUUUUCAACAAAAAUCAUUGUCUCGACACACGAUUCAAAUACAAUAAACGGAUCAAAAUUGCUGUUAAAUGAGGCGGAAAUGAUGGGAUCAAUUGGUGGUGUCUUUCAUUUGGCUCUCGUUCUCAACGAUUCACUUCUCGAACGGCAAACUAUCGAUAAGUUUUGCCAAACUGUGGACUCAAAGACCAAAACGUUUGAGAAUUUGGAUCAAAUAAGUCGAGAAUUGAACCUAAAUUUGGAUUACUUUGUGGUGUUUUCAUCGGUGAGUUGUGGUAAAGGAAACGCCGGACAAUCCAACUAUGGUUUCGCUAACUCUGUCUGCGAACACAUCUGUGAGGCCAGACGUAGGGAUGGGUUACACGGUUUGGCCAUUCAAUGGGGACCUAUCGGUGACGAGGGGUCGCGUGAAGCAAAAAUUGUGGGCCAAGUGUGGCAGGCAUUAGGUAUAGACCCCAAGACAACACCCGAUCACUUAACUCUUGGAGAGAUAGGGAUGGAGUCGAUGUUUGCUGUAGAGUUACAGCAGGGACUGGAAAGGGAUUACGGCAUUAAGCUGACUAUGAAUGACAUAAAAUCCAUUACAGUUAAGCACAUAAAGGACUUUGAAUCGGGAAAAGUGGAGGAAUUCAAGAAAUUCACUGAAGAAAUACGUGUUGCGAGAGAGAAGUUGAGUAAAAUUAAGUUCAUUAUACCCUCCGAUUCCUAUACAACACUCAACAGCAGAAAGACUGGAAAUCCGGUCUAUUUCUUGCCGCCACUCGAAGGCAUAUUUGCCUCAAUGGAAGUGUUGGCCGAACAGUUGGAUCGACCGGUGAUUGGCCUCAACUGGACUAAAGAUAUGGAGAAAUUGGGUUCAAUUAAGGAAAUCAGUAAUUAUUACACAGAUUUGUUGAAAGUGUUGCACCCGAACGGCAACUACGAUAUUGUGGGACACUUUUAUGGGGCACUCAUAGUCACCAAAAUGCUUGAGAAGGCGCCCAUAAGAAGAGCGGUAAUUAUUGACGUGAUGUCCGACAUUAAUCUGGACGAAGAGAUGACAAACGACGAGAAUAUCAUUGAAAUGAUAACGACAUUCAUUUGCAAAGAUCUGCCGAAAGCUAUUAAUGAGAAAUUGAUGCGAGAAAUCAAACUCAAACACGACGUGAACGGAAAGCUCAGUAAAUUGAGUGCAGAGGUCAAGGAGUUUGUGGGCAAAGGGUUUGUGGGCCGAGACUUGGAUGACAUACUCAACAAUUCGUUCAAAAGGGCCAAACUAUUCAGCGCUUAUCGACUAAAUAUGAAGAAUAAAGUCAAACAAAUGAAGUUAAAUGUCGGCAAAAAGUAUUUAGAAAUGAGUGGAAAACUUCUGAUCAUUAAACCCACGAUUGAUGACAAUAAUAACGAUAAUAAGAGCGCUCUUAUGUCUGACCGCAUCCGGGAUUCAUACUUCUUGCCUGAGAAG